AACUGGGUAGAAACAUCCAAAACGUGGGAUACCUUCAAUAGCUAUAUAGUGGGUACCCAGCGAACGAGACAGACUACACAGGCCCGAGAAGCUUCACAUAUUCAAGAUGUGGACGUCGUCGUCGUCGCUUCGACCGAUGGCUCUCGAUAACCUACGUGGAUGGAGAUUGAGUCAUCGGUCUAUGCAGCGUUACACGCUAUCGGUACCGAUAUAUUCUAUGCGAAUGCGAAAUCCGCGACAAGGCGUUGCUAGUUCGUCUAGAUCGAGAUCGAGUUUAAGUUAUGCAGAGGGCCCAAAAGAACCACCGUUGCUCACCCAUACUAUACCAGAGCACUUUGCUCAAGUAGUCUCACAAAAUGGAGAUAGGCCCGCAGCGAUAUUCUGGUCUCCUACAACAGCAGACACAACUAUAUCAUCGAAAUCAACUACAUUGAAUUAUGAAGAACUCGACGCUCAGUCGAAUAGGAUGGCGCAUUCGCUAAGGUCUAUGGGUGUGAAAAAGGGGGACCGAGUCGCUGUUAGUUUAAGCAAUAUUGCUGAACAUGUCGUCUUAACCUACGCAAUCUUCAAAUUGGGUGCCAUCAUGGUUCCGCUCAACCCGACCUUCGACGCCUUUCAACUCAGCUCCGCGCUAUCUCAGCUAGGAGUGGAAGUCCUGGUCAUCGGCGCCAUCACAGACCUAGCCUACAAGCCCGGUCGCGGUCAAAGUAAUCUAAAACUGCUAUCUAAGCUCAUCCCCAAUCUCACCGGAAGUAGCGUCGAGUCGCCGACUGUUCCUACGCUGAAGUCUGUGGUCCUGGUAGAUAACACGCCAUCGCACCCGAAAGUCGCCAUCCCCCCUCUGCAGGACCUACGCUCACUAACACCCUAUGUGGAACUCUUUUACUCCUCUGGCCCUCGUUCCAUAACUCCUGAAUCCCCUCUAGAGCCCUCGGAAACGAUCAAUAUACAGUUCACAUCUGGCACGACAUCAUUCCCAAAAGCUGCCAUGCUGACCCACACUAACAUCCUGAAUAACGGCUACCUGAUCGCUGCGCGCAUGGGCCUCAAGCCCCAGGACCGCAUCGUCUGCCCGCCUCCGCUCUUCCACUGCUUCGGCUGCGUUCUUGGGCUCCAGGCAACCGCCACAACCGGUGCCUCUAUUCUCUUUCCCUCUCCGGCCUUUGACCCCGCUGCUACCCUCCGCAUGGCCGCUGCUCUCGACGCUACCGGCUUAUACGGAGUCCCUACCAUGUUCAACGACGAGCUAGAGCUUCUCUUUAACCCGGCAUUCGUCUCCACCAUACCAAAACCACCAGCAACCCAAGGCAACAAUUCGACGGGGCUCUUCCGAAACUUGACGAAGGGAAUCGCGGCAGGCUCCACGGUGCCAAGGCCGCUAAUGCGGAGGCUCCGCGAGAAUCUCGGGUUACAGGAACUGGUCAUUGGCUAUGGCAUGACGGAGACCAGCCCUAUAAGUUGCAUGACGUCCCCGCUCGACCCGGAGGACAAGCGCACAGGGACCGUCGGGAAGGUAAUGCCGCACACGGCCGUGAAGAUUGUCGACCGUAACGACCGGUCAAAGAUUGUUGCGCGCGGGGAAAGGGGCGAGUUGGCCUCGUCAGGGUAUCUGCUUAUGCGAGGGUAUUACUCGUCGUCGUCAGCGAAAGAUUUGGUGUGGGAGGAAGGGGAACAUGGCGAGGGAAAGAGACAGUGGAUGUACUCAGGCGACGAGGCGCGCAUGGACGAGGAGGGGUUCGUGGAGAUCACGGGCCGCAUCAAGGAUCUGAUCAUCCGUGGCGGCGAAAACAUUCACCCCCUCGAGAUAGAAUCCGUGCUUAUGACGCACCCACUCAUUCGCGAGGUCAGCGUCGUCGCCGUUCCCGACGAAAGGUACGGCGAGGCUGUCGGCGCGGUUAUUGCGGUGCAUGAUGGUGUGCGGACUACGGGUGGCCACUACAUAGGCACAACAGACAUAAAAGGGGUUGAGAAAGGAGGAGGUGGGAAAGAAAAGGGGGUGUUGGAGGAAGAAGGAGUGAGGGCUUGGGUUAGGGAAUCCCUCUCUAACCAUCUCGCCCCCAAACACAUCUUCUGGACCGAUGACUUCCCUAAGACGGCGAGUGGCAAGAUAAAAAAGGAUACGUUGAGGCAGUUGGUGAAGGGGCCGUUAAAUAUUGAUACUUAGGUAGGUGGCCAGAUAUCCGGAGCGUCGUCCUUGAGUGUGCGUGUUCAUAUUCGUUAAUAAGUGGACGGUUGAUAUAUCAUCAAAUAGGAACCAGCAUAAUUCAAGUAUUCAGUGAGGAGAAGAGACCAA